CUGCCCAGCCCGAUCGUUGAGGAACCGGAGAAAAGCUGCCGUCCGUCAUUUAUCGCCGCUCUCAUUCUUUUCACCGUUGCUCUGCCUGUUGCUUUUCUCCGAAGAGGCCGAUAACAGCGCUCUGGUUGAAAAGCUGGAGGCGGAACACAUGAAGAGAGAGAAGAACAUGCGGAGCCUAGAAGCCAGACUGCAGGAAAUUCAAGAUCUCCUUCUAGCCAAAAUGAAAGAGCUGAGUUCCACCCGUGAAAGAAACUCCCAGCUGCAAAGCGAGAUCAGCUAUCUAGAAGACAAGCUAGAGGAACACCACCGAUGGGAGAAUGUGCACAGCCUGACUUUGUCUUCACCGGAACAGACGAUCCAUAUUUCCCCAGCUCUAAGAUCCUCAGACUCUGCCUCCCUCAUCCCAUCCAAAGUGUUCUGGGGCACUGUACAGUCCGACUCUUCUCCGUCUACUAUAUCCACUUCCGCCCCUCCUGCGUCAAGAACUGUCUCAGCGGCCUUGGCGGACUGGAGCAGGACCAAGAGGAGCCUAUUACGUGACGGAUCCUCCGCUGAGGUAGCCAAGCCGCCGUCAAAGCCCAUCCCAGCUGGAGAGAGUCUGUUGGGACAAGGGUCGGAUUAUUUUCAAGUUCUCUUUUCGGAAGCCAAGAAGCACCAGGGAAGCAAUGGAGGAUCCUGGGGUAUUUCUCUGAAAGCCAGCUGCCCCCCAGCUACAUCCAGUGCUCUUGGAGACAUUAAAAUAGCUGAGGUGGAUCCAGACGGUGUUUUUGUGAAGCUCCUCAACAGCUCCGCGGAUAAGGAAGAGGGCAUCGGAGGUUACAUUUUACAACAAAACGUCAACGGCCAAGCGAUCGCUCGCUACAGAUUUCCCCCCAACGUUCGAAUGAAGGCCAAUUCCACAGUGAAGGUCUGGGCAGCGUCUGCGGAGAGAAGCGGAGAUGAGGCCGACGCUGGGAAAGCUCCAGAUCUCGAUUCUCCGAUGGAUUUCCUCUGGAAGGGGCAGGACAGGUUGCGGACGACUUUUGACUGCACCACUCUCCUGUGCAAACCCAACGGUCAGGCCGUUGCUUGGUACACUCCUAUCCACCGCGCAAGUAAGGAGGAAUGGGACAAAUGGCAUUCUGGAAGUGAAUUCCAAAGUGGCUCUGAGGUAACGGUGAAACUGCACAACCACAAGGAAUCAGAAAGAACAAAAUCGAAGGCUUGGUCUAGUCACCUGGGAAGACAGAACCCCUCAUUUCUGGAGAAACAAGUCCAAAUUUUCCUUAAAAGAGAGAAAGAACGUCCUCCCACCUUGUUUCCCAUUCAUCACCCUUGGAGCCAGAGCCCCAGUUCCCCGUGCCAUCCGAACUACUCGCCGACCAGACCCCGGACUCCGGGCCAGGCCGGGGGCAGCCUCUGGGCAUGGUCCAGGUCACAGUCAGCCAAACCCCAACCGCCUCCAGGAAACCUCUGGGCUGGGACCCGAAGAAGCAGAAAUGUCAGCGCCGGAACUCCGAGUCACAGAAGAAUGGGGAGACCCACUCGAUCUCAAGGACCGAACUUGGGUGGAAUGCUGUACCUGGGCCACGGCGUCCCCACGGGAUCCGCCUUCUGGGACCGGCCUCUCCUGCCUCUGCCGUGACCUCCGCCUGCCCAGUGGAGCUUCCCCCUCCUCCUCUGCCUUCCCAUCCCCCGACCCCUUCCCUUCUAAACGCGAGCACCGUGAGGGAUCAAGGUUGGCGUCGCCUUCCAUCACCCUCCUACCUGAGAGUCCGGGGGGGUUGUGGCCGGGUUUUUCCCACCUCUUCCUGACAGAACAGAGGCUUAAGAUGCUCCAGGA